AUGCUUGUUUCACCCUCGUGUUGUAGCUCUCCCACCAAUGCUGCGUCCAAUUUUCUCUCACAAACAGCCUUAGUUUCAUCUGCCUCUACAUCUCAACACCAUGUUUGUGCAACCACAUCAGCAUCCUCUACUUCUGGCCCAGGACAUCAUCUUGCUGCUCAACUCCCUUAUUCUUCCUCCCACAUGCCAACUCUUUCUCCUGCUCCGUCUUCUGCACUCUCUAAUUCUGCAAUGUCAACUCAACAGCAGGCUGAAUUAUUAUGCUCAACUAUGUCUACCACUUCCGUUACACCACCGGCCUCUUCCUCUGCCUCAUUGCCAACUCUUUCUUGCUCAAUCACCUCUGGUCCUCGACUGAACUGCAUUACUGGUGGGCGCCGAGACAGUCCAGAUCAUCAUCAGGUCAUUCCAUCUUCAUCGCAUCUUCAGCCUAUGUCAGGUGGUAAUCUCUACUCUAGGCAACCUCUACCGAUUCCGGCUAAGGCCGAUGUAAAUGAUUGGCCUAGCCCGACGAUGCCCCACUCAUUGAGCUCUAUCUCCUCUUCUUCAUCUUCUGGUACAACUCUUCCCUCCAUGGCAAUCUCUCCGCUCCUCUGCGCCUCAUCUUCACUUGCUUCUCCAAGUGGGUCCCAUCAACAGCAUUCACAUCAGCAAGAUCCUCCGCACCAUUCCCAACACCACCACCACCACCAUCAUCAUCGACAUCACCAUAGUCAGCAUCAUCCUACCAGUCAUUUACAUCAAAACAAUCAGCAAUACAAUUCAGGGGAAUCGUCUUUAUAUUUAUCCAUAGACUCACGCGAAAACCCUGUCCAUUCUGGCCACGACCAUACUCACCACAAUCAUCAUAGCCAUGGACAUAGCCACCAUUUAUCGCCUCAGUCUCAUCUCCACAUUCCCCCAACAUCCCCACACCAAUCCAACCAUUCCUCCCCCCUCAAUAAUCCUCAGCAACCGAUUUAUGCUCCUCCGCCUCUCAAUCCUAAUCUUUCUGCUUCUCACCUUCAUUCCAAUCACCAUCAAGUUUCGCCAUCUUUAUCUCCUGCUCAAUCUCUCUAUCAAGUUUCUCCUUCCUCUCCUACAAGCAUGCCUUGUUCGGGAGUCGACAGAAAAUCUGGAUUCAGCACUGUCAGUCGUCAUGUUAUUGCGGGGCAAUCGGCUACAACCAGUCCUGCUAGCACACCUACACCGGCAUUGACCUUACCUUCUGUGGUUGCUGCCAUCAGUUGCUGUCGUUCACCAGUUAACUCAAUGAAGCAUCAAUCGAUUAGUAGCUACCCGCUGCACGAAGCACACCUACACAAUUCAUUGCAUUACCAGCCCCACUCUCACCAUCACCUUCAGAAACAGCUACAACAAAAGGAGCAACAGCUAUCACAUCAAUAUUUGAGCCGACAAACUCAUCCCUUACAAGCACCACAGCAAGAUGGCGAUCGUGUAGGCCCUCCGGGCCAUUCAUUCUCACCUGGUUCCGUAUCUUCUUCGGCUGUGCCUCAGAAGUUUUCUGCUGCACUUUCCUCUACAUUAUCAUUUCCUCGUUCUUCUACCUCAUUCUCUACAUCAUCUUCCCCUUCUUCCACAUCACCAUGUCUAUCAUCCAGUCCAGCUGUACUCGGAAUCGGUAAUAGCCACACUUCUGGGUCUGUUGCUGGGAGCAUAAUCACGCCUUCAACUGAUUCUUGCCCAAGCAUGCCGUUGUGUCACCGAGACGACUGUCUCAUUGGAUUCCAGAAGCCACAGCUUACUCAUCACUCACAACUAACAGAUCUUCCUACCGCAACAUCACAACCUUUGUCCGCUACUCAGGCAACAUUUGCACCUCCUCUCCCACCACGUCCUCUCUUGCCCUCAGCGUCACUAUCAUCAGCUGAUGCUUUGCCUCAACAGCCCGGCUUUCCUACUGAAACGACGAUGUCGACGAUAUCUGCUCUUCCAGUUCGACCAAGAUCACGACCGGGGCCAACGGAUACUGGUACCAGAUCCGCUCCACCCGAGUCGCACCAGUCUUCACCGCCCCUUGAAGUUGUCCUUGGAACAAGGCGACCUGGCUCUGCAGAGUCUUUAUCCACUCGUGUGAAUGGCGACUACGUUUCACCAGCAACGGAGACACGAAGUCAUGAAACCGAAUGUAUAAGUGGUGGGUAUGAGGCCAGUGAGACUAGCCUCAUUUCCCUUAAAGAUCGAAGUCUCGACACUUUCACCGGGGAGCUGAAGUCAAAAGAUGGUAUAAGAGAAGAUGAUGGAAUUCACGACGAUGAAUAUGAUGAUGAUGAAUAUGAAUUUAAAGAACUUGAAGAUAUUGUCAGACAUCCACUAAACGGCGACCAACAAUUGCAUCUUCUCUCUAUGUACAACCGACUCAUUUUUGAUCCGCUAUAUGCUCUCCAUGGGGCUUGA